AUGCUCGUCCAGCCCUUUGUCUCGGCCUCUACGGCUCUCCUCUCUGCCGCUUCGGUAUUUCUGUUUUCCACUCCAGUCAAGGCCAACUUCGACGUUUACAGAACCGAGAUCAUCUGGGGCAACCGCCCUUCGAUCGUCUGGCAGUUCUGGGAGGCCCAGGCCCCAAACGACUGUCCCAGACUCUUCAAGCAGCCGCUAUUCGAAGAGCUGAACAACAAGCCCAACUGGGACAGUCUCUGGGGCGUCAAGUGCACAGGUAGCGGAUGCUCUCCGCUAGACCCACCUGGGAACAUUGACGAGCUCAGGCUCAAGCUCAACCGGGAGCCCCUUUUGGACUGGACACUCUCCAAGAACCGUGGCUGGUCAAUGAUCGGACGCGACGGCAACUCGUACGGCGACUGCAUGGUCUUCCCCCAGGGUGACGUGACCUGCUGGUUCGGGGGCUACCAUAUCCAGUCCCGCCGCAAGUUUCGCUGUCUCAGCCGCUUCACCGCCGAUGAUCUCAACCGCCCGGCCCUCGGCGGCCGUGACCUAGCGGACGAGAAUGCGGACAGCGCGACUCGGGUUCUCACCGGCGCCAUGACUUUUGAGCAGUUCAUCGGGAAGGAGUACGGCACCAGCCCGGCCGGCCUGGAGAUCAGACCUUCUGUGCUCUGA